UGGUGCCUAUAUUUAGGUUGGCCAACUUGUAUUUGUAUCCUGUCUGGAAAAAAAAAAACGCUGGAGGCCGAGGAAGGUUUCUCUUGUGACGUUGGAGGUCUGUGACGGGGAGAAACACCCCCACGGCGCGUCAUCCUGCUACUACGUACCGACGCGGAAAAGGAACGACGCGAUUGAGUGCUCAGGGCAGUGGCUAUCCUCCAUGCACCCAUCACUGUACUAAUGCCUGGUGGUGAUUGGCUGCGAGGCUGUCCGUCAUGAAGAAGAGAGCCAAUCGGAGGUCGGAGUUGGAUGAGGCCUUGUGCUGUUGUGAGUACAUCAACCGCCAAGGAGAGCGGAGUCAUGUGGCCGCCUGUUGCUGUGACUGUGAGGACCUGGAUGAGGUCUGUGACAGGUGGAUGAAGCUACAGCCCCAGGCGCAGGGCUCCCUGGACCGCCUCUCCGCCGUGCUCUCGGACCGCGUGCGCGUGCCCUGGCUGUGGGGCGGGGCCCGCCGUCUGGAGCUGUCCGUCGUCCCGCCCCUCGUACUGCUGCCCGCGCUGCUGCGGCUGGCCGCGCUGCACUUCCUGCUGGGCGUGGCGGUGCUGACGGCGCUGCCUGUGCUGGUGCUGUGGUACUACUACGUCACCCACCGCAAGAAAGGCCGCACCCUGUUCUUCCUCAGCCUGGCGCUCUUCUCCCUGGCCUACAUGUACUUCCUGUUCGUCAGCGAGGUGCUGCCCCGUGGCGGCGUCAGCCCCGUCCAGCUGGCGGUGGUGACGGGUGGGGUGGUGCUGACGGUGGCCGCCAUGCUCCACACCAAGCGGGACCCGGGGUUGGUGCGGCGGGCCCGACCCCCUCACAGCACCGUUACCUACGCCGCGGCGCGCUACCACACAGACCCCGCCUUCCAGGGGCCUGUGGGGAGGGAGGAGGUGCUGCUGGGGCCCGAGGGGGAGCAGAGCGCCCGGGAGGACUGGUGCCCCGCCUGCGGUCUGGCCCGGCCGCCCCGGGCUGGACACUGUCGGAUCUGCGGCGUGUGCGUGCAGAGGCUGGACCACCAUUGUGUCUGGAUCAACAGCUGUGUGGGGCAAGCCAAUCACUGCAGCUUCCUGCUCACACUCCUCCUCUUCCUGCUGACGUCGCUGUACGGCAUUGGUCUGGUGCUGCGCAGCGUGUGUCCUGGUCAGAACGUCCUCCUCGCCCUGCUGUACUGCCCCGGCGUCUAUCGCCAGUACAGUGGCGCCAUCAGCCAUCACAGCCUGAGCCCCCCACACGGGAGAACAGAACCCCCAGAUGGACCCCAUGUGGUCUUCAAGGGAUCUGGUGAGCCCAGCAGGAGGUCUUUGUUCUGACCUGAAAGCCCCCCAUGCUACUGUCUCCCAGGUUGUGUAAUAAAGCACCAGGCAGUGUGUUCUCUGGCCCACUCUCCCACCCAGCGUCUCAGUCAGUGUGCCGCUGCUGGUGUCUCGUGUGAAGCUCUUCUCCUCACAAUAGAGCGUCGCUUUAGAGGUUUGAAGGGGGUCGCUCUGGGUAUGCUCUUUAAAAAGCCCACCAGCUCAGCACCACUACUGCACCCAGUCAGACAAACCCUCGUUCACUCGCACACAUGCGGUUCAGAUUUAGAUUAUUUUUCAAAGAAAAACAUUGUUUAUUAAUGAACCGCAUAAAGAAAAGUAUUUGGAAUCUGGUUUUAUUCCACUUUUGAACUGUUUAAACUGGUAACAUUACAUAUCAAGGGAGAACCAGGCUUCCCAUUUGCUGUUCACAUCAUAGUGAUUUUAUUGAGUAGUUUGCUUUUGAGUCAACUAGCAGACAGACACUUUCAUCCAGAGCCUCAGUUCACUUAGAGGGGACAUAUCAUACCACCAGGUGUGAGUGUGAUUAGCCAUUACAAGCCGUUUUCAAAAUGUGCAGCAUUGUGAGUCACAAUGCUUUGCACAAUUUGUGACAUCACAGGUAGGCGCUUCCACCUAGAUGUGUGACGGAUAGAUGAGCAACGCCCACCUGUGAUGUCACAAUGCUGCACAUUUUCAAACCUGCUUGUAAUGGCUAAUCACAUUCACACCUGGUGAUAUGAUGUGUCCCCUUUAAGAUGAAUAAUUCAAUUCAAUCCAAUUCAUUGUUUAUUCAGGGAAAAUUGGCUGAGCACAAGGCUCUUUUACAGCAAUGCCCUGAUAAGAGGACAGAAAUACAGGGUGUAGAAAAAAAAUGUAUCAGUAAUUACAUUAAAUAACAUUUGAGAAAUCAGAAGUAAAAAGAAAGAUAAAAUACUUAAAUAACAAUAGUCAUGAGAAAUUAAAACAAGAGCACUGAGCUUCCAUCUAAUUUAGUGAACUCUUAUUAAUUUACUGACACAAAAGCUUUUUUUUUAAUAGAAUUCCAUCUAGAGGGGGCAAAAAAGCUAAAAGACAAUUUUCCAAAAUCAGAUCUAAUUUAAGUAGUAACUAAGGAAAUGAGACUCUAACCUGGUACUGUGACAGGUAGACGUGAAUUUCAACAGGGAGGUAAGGUAAAAAGGAAGCUUCCCAAGUAGGGCUCUGUAAAUAAAAAGAAGGCUGAAUCAGAAUAAGUUGGGAGUCUAAGAGGCCCAGACUGUGGGGAUUGGGCUUUGAAACGGCCGGGUAUCAAACCCCCUGAACCACAGCCCCCGUCAGUCAGGAGCUCACCUCACUUGGAUGGAGGAUCAUUCUGUUUCUCCUGACGGUGUGUGUGUGUGUGUGUGUGUGUUCCAGCGACGCGCUGUGCUUCACCUGUGCGUGGUACUGCAGCAUGGUGACGGCGGGCCUGCUCCACCUGCUCCUGGUGCAGCUGGUGCACGUCAGCCUCAACGUGACGGAGCGGGAGGUCCGCCUGGCCGCGCGGCACGGGGCCCCCG